CCCCUGGAGGUCAGGCCCCCUGGGGUCAGGCCCCUGGAGGGCAAGCCCUGGGGGUCAGGGCCCCCUGGAGUCGGGCCCCCUGGGGGUCAGGGGCCCCUGAGCAAGCCCCGGAGUCGGGCCCCGGGGGUCAGGGCCCCCUGGAGUCAGGGGCCCCGGGGGUCAGAGCCCCUGAGGCAGGCCCCUGAGGUCGGGCCCCCUGGGGGUCAGGGCCCCUGGAGGGCAGGGCCCCCGGAGGGCAGGGUCUCUGGGCACAUGCCCCGCGGGGCCCGGGCUAUUCCCCAUAUACUACCAUUUUUUAAAAGCGGCUAGACUAAAUUUCAAAACAAAAAAGGGGGCUGCAUGGAUUGAUGCUGUCAUGACUGACUAAAGGAAAAAAUGCUGAUGCCGACCAAACGCGAAAUGCACCUGGGGUAUUCUACAAUUUUUCUCUCAACAGUAAGUUGAGACCUGACUGAGUUUACCCCCAUCCCCCCCCCCCAAAAUAAAAUAUGUGUUUUUUGGGGCAGGGGCCCCCCAGACCCGGGGCCCGCGCCGCUUAUGUCACUUGUGCCGGGGGCCCCCCUGCUGUCAGCACCCCUCCCCCGCCCCCCCCCCCCCCCCCCCCCAAACCCCACCCCCCCCCCCCCCCCCCUUCCCCCCCCCUCCCCUUUCCCUCCCUCCUCCCCUUUCCCCUUUCCUCCUCUCUCCAGCUUAACUUCUACCACCCCUCAGCUCCGCCCCCAUCCCCUGGUGCUAUUACCAUGGUAACACCUACAUAAGAGGCCAAAGCACCCCCAUGUGUAUUUCUCUUUCUGUUUUAAUUAGAGAGAUUGGGGAUUAGUACAAAGGACUCUAAAGCCUAUUGGCUACAACAUCAGGUUGUGGUGUGUGUGUGUGUGUGUGUGUGUGUGUGUGUGUGUGUGUGUGUGUGUGUGUGUAGCGUGUGUUUGAUCAUGGAUAUAGUGAGGAGCAAUAAUAAUACUAAACACCAUAUAUGUACAAAACAUUAUUGCAUUUAAUUGGAUAAGCUAAUGAAACACUUAUUUUUUUACAACCUGUUACCCUUCACACAAAGAGGCCAACUCUGUGUCUGGUUGGUUGCCAGGGGAUAGAAGGUGGGGAUUUGGGUUAGAGGGUCUCUGUUUUCUGUUGUGUCACAUGACAUGAGGAGGGUCCAAUAGGAGAUAGGAGGGUUCAGCAGAGUUUUGAUUAUGCUUCCAAAAAAAAAGAGAGUAUAGAUUCUAGAACACUGCAGUAGACCCAAAAGGGUAUAGAUUCUAGAACACUGCAGUAGAAUCAAAAGGGUAUAGAUUCUAGAACACUGCAGUAGAAUCAAAAAGGGUAUAGAUUCUAGAACACUGCAGUAGAACCAAAAGGGUAUAGAUUCUAGAACACUGCAGUAGAACCAAAAGGGUAUAGAUUCUAGAACACUGCAGUAGAACCAAAAGGGUAUAGAUUCUAGAACACUGCAGUAGAAUCAAAAGGGUAUAGAUUCUAGAACACUGCAGUAGAAUCAAAAGGGUAUAGAUUCUAGAACACUGCAGUAGAAUCAAAAGGGUAUAGAUUAUAGAACACUGCAGUAGAACCAAAAGGGUAUAGAUUCUAGAACACUGCAGUAGAACCAAAAGGGUAUAGAUUCUAGAACACUGCAGUAGACCCAAAAGGGUAUAGAUUCUAGAACACUGCAGUAGAAUCAAAAGGGUAUAGAUUCUAGAACACUGCAGUAGAACCAAAAGGGUAUAGAUUCUAGAACACUGCAGUAGAACCAAAAGGGUAUAGAUUCUAGAACACUGCAGUAGACCCAAAAGGGUAUAGAUUCUAGAACACUGCAGUAGAAUCAAAAGGGUAUAGAUUCUAGAACACUGCAGUAGAACCAAAAGGGUAUAGAUUCUAGAACACUGCAGUAGUACCAAAAGGGUAUAGAUUCUAGAACACUGCAGUAGAAUCAAAAGGGUAUAGAUUCUAGAACACUGCAGUAGAACCAAAAGGGUAUAGAUUCUAGAACACUGCAGUAGAAUCAAAAGGGUAUAUAUUCUAGAACACUGCAGUAGAACCAAAAGGGUAUAGAUUCUAGAACCCUGCAGUAGAAUCAAAAGGGUAUAGAUUCUAGAACACUGCAGUAGAAUCAAAAGGGUAUAGAUUCUAGAACACUGCAGUAGAAUCAAAAGGGUAUAGAUUCUAGAACACUGCAGUAGAACCAAAAGGGUAUAGAUUCUAGAACACUGCAGUAGAAUCAAAAGGGUAUAGAUUCUAGAACACUGCAGUAGAACCAAAAGGGUAUAGAUUCUAGAACACUGCAGUAGAACCAAAAGGGUAUAGAUUCUAGAACACUGCAGUAGAAUCAAAAGGGUAUAGAUUCUAGAACACUGCAGUAGAAUCAAAAGGGUAUAGAUUCUAGAACACUGCAGUAGAAUCAAAAGGGUAUAGAUUCUAGAACACUGCAGUAGAAUCAAAAGGGUAUAGAUUCUAGAACACUGCAGUAGAAUCAAAAGGGUAUAGAUUCUAGAACACUGCAGUAGAAUCAAAAGGGUAUAGAUUCUAGAACACUGCAGUAGAACCAAAAGGGUAUAGAUUCUAGAACACUGCAGUAGAAUCAAAAGGGUAUAGAUUCUAGAACACUGCAGUAGAACCAAAAGGGUAUAGAUUCUAGAACACUGCAGUAGAACCAAAAGGGUAUAGAUUCUAGAACACUGCAGUAGAAUCAAAAGGGUAUAGAUUCUAGAACACUGCAGUAGAACCAAAAGGGUAUAGAUUCUAGAACACUGCAGUAGAAUCAAAAGGGUAUAGAUUCUAGAACACUGCAGUAGAACCAAAAGGGUAUAGAUUCUAGAACACUGCAGUAGAAUCAAAAGGGUAUAGAUUCUAGAACACUGCAGUAGAAUCAAAAGGGUAUAGAUUCUAGAACACUGCAGUAGAAUCAAAAGGGUAUAGAUUCUAGAACACUGCAGUAGAAUCAAAAAGGUAUAGAUUCUAUACUAUAGAACACCUCCACUGCACAACCAUGGCUCUGAUGUUUCCCAUUAUAUUACAUGAAAAGAGACAGGCAUAGGAUCCAGGCGGAUAGUCCAGAAGCACAUAUAGAACAUACCAGUCUCUAUACGAUUGAACACCACUGCAGUAGAAUCAGGGUCCAGGUAGAUUAUAUUCUACAGUAGAAUCAGGGUCCAGGUAGAUUAUAUUCUACAGUAGAAUCAGGGUCCAGGUAGAUUAUAUACUGCAGUAGUAUCAGGGUCCAGGUAGAUUCUAUUCUACAGUAGAAUCAGGGUCCAGGUAGAUUCUAUACUGCAGUAGAAUCAGGGUCCAGGUAGAUUCUAUACUGCAGUAGAAUCAGGGUCCAGGUAGAUUCUAUACUGCAGUAGAAUCAGGGUCCAGGUAGAUUAUAUUCUACAGUAGAAUCAGGGUCCAGGUAGAUUCUAUACUGCAGUAGAAUCAGGGUCCAGGUAGAUUAUAUAAUGCAGUAGGAUCAGGGUCCAGGUAGAUUCUAUACUGCAGUAGAAUCAGGGUCCAGGUAGAUGAUAUACUGCAGUAGAAUCAGGGUCCAUGUAGAUUCUAUUCUACAGUAGAAUCAGGGUCCAGGUAGAUUCUAUACUGCAGUAGAAUCAGGGUCCAGGUAUAGGUCCUCCCUAUAGGCUGUCUCAUCGUUGUCGGUGUCGUCGGCAAACUUAAUGAUGGUGUUGGAGUCGUGCCUGGCCAUGCAGUCAUGGGUGAACAGGGAAGACAGGAGGGGACUGAGCACGCACCCCUGAGGGUCCCCCCCGUUGAGGAUUAGUGUGGCAGAUGUGUUGUUACCUACCCUUACCACCUGGGGGUGGCCCGUCAGGAAGUCCAGGAUCCAGUUGCAGAGGGAGGUGUUUAGUCCCAGGGUCCUUAGCUUAGUGAUGGGCUUUGAGGGCACUAUGGUGUUGAACGCUGAGCUGUAGUCAAUGAAUAGUAUUCUCACAUAGGUGUUCCUUUUGUCCAGGUGGGAAAGGGCAGUGUGGAGUGCACUAGAGAUUGCAUCAUCUGUGGAUCUGUUGGGGCGGAAUGCAAAUUGGAGUGGAUCUAGAGUUUCUGGGAUAAUGGUGUUGAUGUGAGCCAUGACCAGCCUUUCAAAUUACUUCAUGGCUACAGACGUGAGUGCUACGGGUCAAUAGUCAUUUAGGUGGUUUCCUUAGUGUUCUUGGGCACAGGGAAAAUGGUGAUCUGCUUGAAACAUGUUGGUAUUACGGACUCAGUCAGGGACAGGUAGAAAAUGUAAGUGAAGACACUUGCCAGUUGGUCAGUGCGUGCUCGGAGUACACGUCCUGGUAAUCUGUCUGGCCCUGUGGCCUUGUGAAUGUUGACCUGUUUAAAGAUCUUACUCACAUCGGCUACGGAGAGCGUGAUCACACAGUCGUCCGGAACAGCUGAUGCUCUCAUGCAUGCUUCAGUGUUGCUUGCCUGGAAGCGAGAAUAUAAGUAAUUUAGCUCGUCUGGUAGGCUCGUGUCACUGGGCAGCUCGUGGCUGUGCUUCCCUUUGUAGUCUGUAAUAGUUUGCAAGCCCUGUCACAUCCGACAAGCAUCAGAGCCGGUGUAGUACGAUUCAAUCUUAGUCCUGUAUUGACUCUUUGCCUGUUUGAUGGUUCGUCGGAGGGCAUAGCGGGAUUUCUUAUAAGCGUCCGAGUUAGAGUCCCGCUCCUUGAAAGCGGCAGCUCUACCCUUUAGCUCAGUGCGGAUGUUGCCUGUAAUCCAUGGCUUCUGGUUGGGGUAUGUACGUAUGGUCACUGUGGGGACGACGUCAUCAAUGCACUUAUUGAUGAAGCCAGUGACUGAUGUGGUGUACUCCUCAAUGCCAUCGGAAGAAUCCCGGAACAUAUUCCAGUCUGUGCUAGCAAAACAGUCCUGUAGCUUAGCAUCUGCGUCAUCUGACCACUUUUUUAUUGGCCAAGUCACUGGUGCUUCCUGCUUUAGUUUUUGAUUGUAAGCAGGAAUCAGGAGAAUAGAUUAUUGGCAGAUUUGCCAAAUUGAGGGCGAGGGAGAACUUUGUACGGAUCUCUGUGUGUGGAGUAAAGGUGGUCUAGAGUUUAUUUUCCUCUGGUUGCACAUGUAACAUGCUGGUAGAAAUGAGGUAAAACGGAUUUAAGUUUCCCUGCAUUAAAGUCCCCGGCCACUAGGAGCGCUGCCUCUGGAUGAGCGUUUUCCUGUUUGCUUAUGGCCUUAUAAAGCUCAUUGAGUGUGGUCUUAGUGCCAGCAUUGGUUUGUGGUGGUAAAUAGACAGUUACAAAAAAUAUAGAUGAAAACUCUCUUGGUAAAUAGUGUGGUCUACAGCUUAUCAUGAGAUACUCUACCUCAGGUGAGCAAAACCUUGAUACUUCCUUAAUAUUAGAUUUUGUGCACCAGCUGUUGUUUACAAAUAUACACAGACCACCAUCCCUUGUCUUACCGGAGGCAGCUUUUCUAUCUUACCAAUCCGCCAGCUGUAUGUUAUCCAUGUCGUCGUUCAGCCAUGACUCGGUGAAACAUAAGAUAUUACAGUUUUUAAUGUCCCGGUGGAAAUCCAUGAUCUUAGUUCGUCUAUUUUGUUAUCCAAUGAUUGUACGUUGGCCAAUAGGACUGAUGGUAGAGGCAGAUUACCCACUCGCCGUCAGAUCCUUACAAGGAACCCCGACCUACGUCCACGAUAUCUCCGUCUUUUUAUCAUGCGAAUGACGGGGAUUUGGGCCUUGUCGGGUGUCUGAAGAAAAUCCUUCGCGUCUGACUCGUUAAAUAAAAAAUCUUCGUCCAGUACGAGGUGAGUAAUCGCUGUCCUGAUAUCCAGAAGCUCUUUUUGGUCAUAAGAGACGGUGGCAGAAACAUUGUGUACAAAAUAAGUUACAAUUGCACAAUUGGUUAGGAGCCCGUAAAACGGCAGCCAUCUCCUCUGGCGCUUCUCUGAGACUAGUUUGCGUGGUACCUGUGUCACGCCCUGGCUCUGGGGACUAUGUUAUGUUGAGCCAGGGUGUGUAAGUCUAUGUUUGUAUAUCUAUGUUGGCCUGAGUGACUCCCAAUCAGAGGCAACGAGUGUCAGCUGGUUGUCUCUGAUUGGGAGCCAUAUUUAACUGUCGGUCUUUUCACUUUGUGUUUGUGGUUUCUUGUUCCGUGUUUGUUGGUUUAUGUAGCCAGGGACGUCACGUUUCGUUUUUGUUGUUUUGAUCGUGUGAUCAUCUUGAUAAAAUAAAAUGUUCGCAUUCAACGCUGCGCCUUGGUCCUCCUCAUUGGUAGACGAUCGUGACAGAAGAAACCACCAUAACAGGACCAAGCAGCGUGAAGAAGAGAGAGGAUGGACUUGGGAGCAGUGGAGUAGGAGUCUCGACUGGGCCAAGCCAAGAGAAGAGGAGAGAGGUUGGACUUUGGAGCAGUGGGGUGAGAGUCUGGCGUGAACGAUGGAGGCCUGGCCCACGGGGAGGAGAGACCCCCAGAAAAUUUUUAGGGGGGGGCUCACGACGUCGGGGCAGCAGGAGGCCGCGAUAGAGCGGUCCAGCGGGUUGGCAGAAGAGGCCGCCAGGUUACGGGAGUCACUGGUCACCAGGGGGAAGGAGGUUGUAGAGGCACGGCGAGAGGUACUGGCGUGUGUUGCCAGUCCGGUCCGGCCUGUUCCUGAUCCCCACGUAGGGCCAGUGGUGUGUGUUCCCAGUACGGUCCGGCCUGUUCCUGCCACUCCCACCAAGUCUGUGGUGCGCGUCGCCAGCCCAGUCCGGCCCAUCCAAGCUCCCCGCACCAAGUCUGUGGUGCGCGUCACCAGCCCAGUCCGGCCCAUUCCUGCUCCCCGCACCAAGUCUGUGGUGCGUUUCGUCAGCCCUGUCCGUUCCGUUCCUGCUCUCCGCACCAAGUCUAUGGUGCGCGUCGCCAGCCCAGUCCGGCCCAUCCAAGCUCCCCGCACCAAGUCAGUGGUGCGCGUCGUCAGCCCGGUCCGGCUCAUUCCUGCUCCCCGCACCAAGUCAGGGGUGCGCUUCGUCAGCCCGGUCCGGCCCAUUCCUGCUCCCCGCGCCAAGGCAGUGGUGCGCUUCGUCAGCCCGGUCCGGCCCAUUCCUUUACCCCGCACCAAGGCAGUGGUGCGCUUCGUCAGCCCGGCUCGGCCCGUUCCUGCUCCCCGCACCAAGUCAGUGGUGUGCUUCGUCAGCCCAGUCCGGCCUGUCCCUGCUCCACGCACCAAGCCUACGGUGUGCGUCGUCAGCCUGGUAAGGCCCGUUCCUCCUCCACGCACCAAGCCAGGGGUGCGCGUCGUCAGUCCAGCACAAUCCGUGCCUGGGUCAUGUCCGGAGCCGGAUCCGCCGCCGAGGCGGAGUGCCCACCCGGUCCCUCCCCUGUUGUGGUUGUUUGGCGCGGUCGGAGUCCGCGCCUUUGGGGGGGGGUACUGUCACGCCCUGGCUCUGGGGACUAUGUUAUGUUGAGCCAGGGUGUGUAAGUCUAUGUUUGUAUAUCUAUGUUGGCCUGAGUGACUCCCAAUCAGAGGCAACGAGUGUCAGCUGGUUGUCUCUGAUUGGGAGCCAUAUUUAACUGUCGGUCUUUUCACUUUGUGUUUGUGGUUUCUUGUUCCGUGUUUGUUGGUUUAUGUAACCAGGGACGUCACGUUUCGUUUUUGUUGUUUUGAUCGUGUGAUCAUCUUGAUAAAAUAAAAUGUUCGCAUUCAACGCUGCGCCUUGGUCCUCCUCAUUGGUAGACGAUCGUGACAACCUGGAGCAAAACAAUACAUCACCCUUGCGUUUUCGUUCGAGCUGGUAAGCAGAAAAAUAACUAAGCUAACUACCUUUUUGUUGGACUUUACAAGACUAGUCUGUAUAAGACUGGUUUGCGUGGUCAGCGUAGUGGCGUGAAGAUAUUGAGAUAUAGUUCAAUUUCUCUGACAGUUAGCGACUCGUUAGCAACAUACUUAUUUUGAGCAAAUAAAGGCUUCAUAAUUCAUAAAGGUCAUGUUAACUGACUGAUAUUAUCUCACAGAACAAAACCUAUAAGAUCUCCAAAGCCUGUGUUGACCUCAGACCUUAUAUCCCAAAACCCCAUUAUUUCCCCCCUUCAUUUCUCCCAUAGCAACGGCCAACGAACCAGAGGUAGAAAAUGCUGACUCAUUUCAGCUUUUUAGGACUACAGUCGUGGUCAAAAGUUUUGAGAAUGACACAAGUAUUGGUCUUCACAAAGUUUGCUGCUUCAGUAUUUUUAGAUAUUUUUGUCAGAUGUUGCUAUGGUAUACUGAAGUAUAGUUACAAGCAUUCCAUAAGUGUCAAAGGCUUUUAUUGACAAUUACAUUAAGUUUAUGCAAAGAGUCAACAUUUGCAGUGUUGACCCUUCUUUUUCAAGACCUCUGCAAUCCGCCCUGGCAUGCUGUCAAUUAACUUCUGGGCCACAUCCUGACUGAUUGCAGCCCAUUCUUGCAUAAUCAAUGCUUGGAGUUUGUCAGAAUUUGUGGGUUUUUGUUUGUCCACCCGCCUCUUGAGGAUUGACCACAAGUUCUCAAUGGGAUUAAGGUCUGGGGAGUUUCCUGGCCAUGGACCCAAAAUGUCGAUGUUUUGUUCCCCGAGCCACUUAGUUAUCACUUUUUCCUUAUAGCAAGGUGCUCCAUCAUGCUGGAAAAGGCAUUGUUCAUCACCAAACUGUUCUUGGAUGGUUGGGAUAAGUUGCUCUCGGAGGAUGUGUUGGUACCAUUCUUUAUUCAUGGAUGUGUUCUUAGGCAAAAUUGUGAGUGAGCCCACUCCCUUGGCUGAGAAGCAACCCCACACAUGAAUGGUCUCAGGAUGCUUUACUGUUGGCAUGACACAGGACUGAUGGUAGUGCUCACCUUGUCUUCUCCGGACAAGCUUUUUUCCCGAUGCCCCAAACAAUCGGAAAGGGGAUUCAUCAGAGAAAAUGACUUUACCCCAGUCCUCAGCAGUCCAAUUGCCCUGUACCUUUUGCAGAAUAUCAGUCUGUCCCUGAUGUUUUUCCUGGAGAGAAGUGGCUUCCUCGGUGCCCUUCUUGACACCAGGCCAUCCUCCAAAAGUCUUCGCCUCACUGUGCGUGCAGAUGCACUCACACCAGCCUGCUGCCAUUCCUGAGCAAGCUCUGCACUGGUGGUGCCCCGAUCCCGCAGCUGAAUCAACUUUAGGAGACGGUCCUGGCGCUUGCUGGACUUUCUUGGACGCCCUGAUGCCUUCUUUACAACAAUUGAACCUCUCUCCUUGAAGUUCUUGAUGAUCCGAUAAAUGGUUGAUUUAGGUACAAUCUUACUAGCAGCAAUAUCCUUGCCUGUGAAGCCCUUUUUGUGCAAAGCAAUGAUGACGGCACGUGUUUCCUUGCAGGUAACCAUGGUUAACAGAGGAAGAACAAUGAUUUCAAGCACCACCCUCCUUUUAAAGCUUCCAGUCUGUUAUUCUAACUCAAUCAGCAUGACAGAGUGAUCUCCAGCCUUGUCCUCGUCAACACUCUCACCUAUGUUAACGAGAGAAUCACUGACAUGAUGGCAGCUAGUCCUUUUGUGGCAGGGCUGAAAUGCAGAGGACAUUUUUUGGGGGGAUUAAGUUCAUUUUCAUGGCAAAGAGUGACUUUGCAAUUAAUUGCAAUUAAUCUGAUCACUCUUCAUAACAUUCUGGAGUAUAUGCAAAUUGCCAUCAUAAAAACUGAGGCAGCAGACUUUGUGAAAAUGUAUAUCUGUGUAAUUCUCAAAACUUUUGACCACGACUGUACAAGCUGGCGAGCUCUAUAGGAUAGAAUAUAAUAUCUAAAGAGCUGAUGGUCUCAUCAUGUCCUGUAGGGGGACCUCUAUCUUUAAUAAUGUGAACGUCUCUACAGUCUGAACCAGUCAUUGGUGAAACCUGCCGUGGUCUACUGAUUGUCAUCUAUUCAUCUAUGUGACACUCCUCUUUUAUUCUGUACAUUGAUUCCAGACUCUUUCCAGCACUCUCACAUAUAACGUGAUCAAACAUGUUCACAUUUCUCUUCACUGUUACUGUCUUAGUGCUCUGUGCUGCAGGUACAGUUUCAUAAUGUUUCAUUUAUUUAACCAGGAAAGUUAAGAACUAAAUUCUUAUUUACAAUGACGGCCUUCUAUAGUUAUAGAUAUUGAUGUUUCCAAGCAUACGUUCACUUCACCUGAGUCUUGAUGUAUUCAGGUCUAACUGUAUCUAACUCUAUUGAUUUCAUUCUCACUGUAUCCUUACAGGUCUUGUUGAGGGGAGUGAAGUCACUCAGACACCCACCAUACUCUGGGGACUGAAAGACAGUGAUGCUCAGAUGAACUGCAGUCACACUAAGGGAUCUGACUACAAACAGAUGUACUGGUACAGACAGCGUCCAGGAGAGGGAAUGAAGCAGGUAGUUUACACAAGUAGUUAUAGCAAACCAGACUAUGGAGCCUUCGGUGAAGACAAAUAUCCAACUGUUAAGACUGCAGCUGAGAGUGGAUCUUUCACAGUGAAGAAGGUGGAGGCAGGAGACAGCGGCAUGUACUUCUGUGCCGUGUAUGAACACAGUGAUACAGACGACAAGCACAGCUGCACAAAAACCCCAGAGUUUCAAUAGGAUGGAAUAUAAUAUGUAAAGAGAUGGUCUCAUCACGUACUGUAGGGGGACCUCUAACUCUAGUUCUUCUAAUGUCUGAUGGUUUCAUUGUCAUGAUCAUGUAAUCAGUCAUGUUCACAGUGAGGUCCUAUGAGCAAGCUUUACAGUACAGGCUUCCUGACACUCCCUCUAACACUCUCACUAUCCACCACCCUAAAGGAAACAGGAUACUACAACAUCAGCCCCUCUCCUUUCACCUCAGAGCUUCAGCCAGGAGACACUCAUAUCACUCCUCCACUGAGGCUUCCUCAUCAUCAUCGUCUUCCUCAGCAUCUUCAUCAUCAUAAUCUUCUCCUUCAUCAUCAUGUUCAGAGUUCUGAUUCACCUGGCAGCUCUACCACUCUGGGUGACAGGUAUUAAAUCCCUUACGAUGAGAAGCCUAACAAAUCUACUAAUGUCAUCAAACUGAAUAAAAUAUCCUCUCUCUCUCUCUCCUUUCUUUCUCUCUCUCUCUCUCUCUCUCUCUCUCUCUCUCUGUCUCUCUCUCUCUCUCUCUCUCUCUCUCUCUCUCUCUCUCUCUCUCUCUCUCUCUCUCUCUCUCUCUCUCUCUCUCUGUCUCUCUCUCUCUCUCUCUCUCUCUCUACAGGAGAGUCGUUUAGUAGCAUGGUUAAUCAGAGCCCUGUUGCACUAAUAGAAGGACCUGGAAGAAACGUUCAACUCACCUGCAGACAUACUAUUCCUAACUACCUAAUUAUACUAUGGUACCAACAGUCAGCAGGAGACACUGCUAUGAAACUCAUUGGUUAUUUAAAUGUCCAGUCAAUAACCUUGGAGUCACCACUUGAAAAGCACUUCAAUGUGAGUGGAGACGGUAGGAAAGAGGCUCAUCUUCAUCUCCUGAGUCUGAGAGGACCUGAAGACAGUGCAGUUUAUUACUGUGCAGCCAGCCAACACAGUGAUGUAGAGCACCUUCUAUCCUCUACA